AUGCGUCCCCAAUCCGUCUUGUCCUUCGCCGGCAUCGCCCUCCUUGUCCCCGUCACCUCUGCCGCCUGCUUCAACGCAUACCCAGACCCUCACCACGACACAUCGUGUACCGCGCCGAACAAAGCCGAUACGUUCCCCCUCUUGAAGAGACUGCGCAACAGCGUAGUCGAGUUUGUCUUUGGUCCCCAUCCUGCAAAGGCAACCGCCAGUGCUUCCCAUGCCCUAGCGAGCCUUCGCGAUGAUCACGUCAACGAGGUCGUUUUGCGCUUCAAUCUAACAACGGCUGAAGAAGAAACUGCUUUCGCCGCCGCAGCAGCUCGGACGUUUCUCGACAUAUGGACCUUCAACCGCGAAUAUGUCGACGUGCGGAUCCCCAAGCGCGAUAUUCGAUCCUUGCUGAGCCUCCUGCCCGAGACUUUAAAGACAAGUUAUUCGACCUUGAUCGCAGAUCUGGCUGCGGCAGUGUAUGAUACUUAUCCAGUCCUCGACACCCCCGCUCAGAUCCAUCGAUUUGAUGAUCGCCGGGCGAACCUGAAGCUGGCGCACAGCGGCAGCGACAACUACUUCUUCCAGGACUACCAAAAGCUUGACACAAUCGUCCAAUGGAUGCGAUUAACCGAGGCCAUGUUCCCGGCCAUCACCGAAGUAAUCAACAUCGGGCAAUCGUACGAAGGCAGAGACAUCUUGGGACUCAAAGUCGGGAUGAAAACGCGAGCGCCGGGUGCUGACAAGAGAAAGACUGUCGUCGUCACGGGAGGAAUGCAUGCGCGCGAGUGGAUUUCCACGACCACGGCAAACUACGUUGCAUGGUCGUUCAUCACUGCCUUUGGCCGGGAGCCUAUGAUCACCAAGCUGUUGGAGCAUUUCGACUUUGUCUUCAUUCCAGUGGUCAAUCCCGAUGGCGUCGAGUACACCUGGACAACGGAUCGAUUAUGGCGUAAAUCUCGGCAACAAACCGGCAUGUCAUGGUGCCGCGGUUUUGACCUCGACCACGCCUUCGGCUACGAAUGGGGUGAUUUUUCCGAGAACGACCCUUGCUCUGAAAGCUAUGGUGGCAAGGAACCAUGGCAAGCCACCGAAGCUACUGCGCUGGCUAUGUGGGCAAAGAAUGCAUCUCGGGAGACAACCGAGUUCAUUGGUCUUAUCGAUCUGCACUCGUACUCGCAGCAGGUACUAUUUCCCUUUGCCUACUCCUGCGACGUGGACCCGCCCAACGUGGAGAACCUGGAGGAGCUCGCAGCUGGACUCGCCAAGGCGAUCCGCUUGUCCAAUGGGGAGUUAUACUCGGUAACAUCGGCGUGUGAGGGAGCAGUGGCAGGUCGUGGCUUCAAGCCAGGAGUCAAACGCAUCGAGACAGGCGGCGGUUCAGCUAUUGAUUGGUUCUACCACGAGUUACACGCACAUUACAGCUACCAGAUCAAGCUGAGGGACACCGGAAGCUACGGCUUCUUGCUCCCCAAAGACAACAUCAUACCUGUUGGUGAGGAGAUCUUCAGUGCAAUGAAGUACUUUGGAGACUACCUGUUGGGUAAUAAUGGAAUUGAAAAGUCGAUUGGAAUUGCUGCGCUGGCGCCGGAAGAGCCAGAUCGCAGUUUGGAGCUUCGACGUCUGAAGAGGAAGUAG